GAACAGGCCAUGAAAUGAAAUAUGACAGGUAGGUAGCAGAGCUUCAAGUUCUGCUUAGUAAGCAGAGUUUGAAGUUCUGCUAAGCCAAAAGUAGUGUGGGCCCAGUUGAAGAGUAGAUUUUUGAUGUUUGUUUUGUUUAUUUUGCUAUUUAUGAAGAAGUACAUUAAACUAAUAAUCCAAAAUAGAUUGAUAGAUAAGUAAAGUUGUCCUAAAAAUUGUGUUCCAAGAUGACGGUUAUGCAGAAGAUAAACAAACGAAUCCCUGGCAUCUUACCACCUCCUCCUAAAAGUGAAGUCGAUGGCAAAAUCGAAAAUUUAUCAGCGAAAUCCAAAGCAGAACUAUUGGAUAUCCGGGACCGGCAACUAAAACUUUUGAACAACAAAACAUUCUUGAGCAAACUCUCGGAUAAGGGGGCAAAGAUUCAGCAGUUUUACGACAAAAUUGUUACAGAAAUAAAAGCAAGGGAACAUGUAGAGCAAACCUGUCGUUUGUUAAAUGAAAUGAGUAUUAGUUCUGACAAAGAUUCUAUACAAAAUCUCGAAUGGGAAGGUAACAUGAAAAAAAAUGAGAACAUUUACUUGGAUUCUGAUGAUGACAGUGAACCUGAAGACACCUUGCACAUAAUAAGUCAAAGCACAUCUCAUGAAAAGAAAGUUAAGGUUAUGAAGCCAGAAAAGCCAUUAGUUACUCCUGAAGAUCUAUUAAGUAUAGGUGAGAUUCCGCACAUCAAAAAACUUGUUGAUAUAACCGAAGUAAGCAUUAAACCCAAAACCUCAGGACAAUUCAAACCAUAUAGGACAACAAUAUCAGAUGUACAUAACCCAGAAAAAGAGAUACUUAGAAAACAAAAUAAACAUUGGGAGGUUACAGCUGCAACACCUCCACCUAUAUUACAUUGUCCAGCAAAACCUUUGACAAUAAAAGAAUCCUUAAAUCUCCAGACGGAACAUUAUAAGCAUUUGAAAGAAAUUGAAGCAAAACAUGCUGCUGAGAAGUUAUUUGAACGCACAGGAAUCAAAAUGGCUGAAUUACCAGAAGAUAGGUCCAAUUUUGGGAACUAUAGGUCUGCAGAUAGUGACGAUUCGGGAUCGGAAGUGUCUGAUCCUGAAGGUAGCGAUAAAGAAGUCCUUGAUGAAGAACCGGAAAGAGGGGGAGUUGUUUUUACAGUUCUCAAGUGAUCAAAAUUGUUGUAGCACCAUUAUUCCUUACUAAUAUUGUAAAUGCAAUAGCGUAUGUUUAGGUUUGUACCUAAUGAAGCAACAGAGCAGUGGGUUAAUUGUUAUUAAGCUUGUGAUGGAUGUCACUCUAACAUCCAAGUCUUAAUGGACAGACUUACAGUGUUUCUGGUGUGCUACUAUCAAACUUAUUUCCGUUGCAAAGCAGCGUUGUUGCUUUGUUUGCUGCUGUUUUCUGGUCAGAGGGGUGUGGGUGCUGGUGUACUUACAGGCACAUGAUAUACUUACACCCAUACCUCAGGUUGAUGGACCCAGGAUGGCUGGUUCCAGUAUGUGUUCCUUGCAAAGUGUUACUUUGUUUAUAGGCAAUGGUUUUCCAUUUACCAUCAAGUAGCCCAUAUGCUUGGUCCGUCAAUUACAGUACAAUAAAAAAAAAUGAAAUUUGUUUAUUACCUCAACACAAAUUAUUUUAUAAGGAUGCAUAAUAUUUGUUAUUAAGGUAUCAUUUUAGCCUUAGAAAAUUGAUUUGUUAGUUUAUCCAUCUUUAUGUCACCGCUUUUGCAUUUAUAAUAUCAUUGGGUAUUUAAUAUCCCACAGUACAUUCUGGCAAAGCCAUGGAUCUUUAGGUUAGUUGUGGGUAGGAAUAUUUAUAACGUUAGUGUUAAUACAAACAUUUUAUAUGAAUUAAAAAUAAAUUGCGAUAUAUUUCAUAAUA